GAUCUUUUACAACUGCAUAAGUAGGCGAAUUAACAAAGGGCUGAAAAAAGCUUAGAAAACAUGAAUACAUUACAGCAAAAUUAAUAUAGCUAAAUUCUAGCUAACGAAUUUUACUCAGGUGGUUCCCCGGCAUAUCGCAGAUUAAAAGCAAUGAUAGACGGCUGUUCUGCAGUUCUAAGAAACUGUAAGACAAUGAUUCAUAAUGGCAUGACAGCAGACCUGGUUGUCAAUUAGUUUUUUUUUGCUGAUACAAUCCUAACGUGGAUGCAAAUUUAUUUCGACGCUUUCAGCGAGGUGACGGAGAAGCGACGGGCGCUGCGGAUCCCGCUGGCGCCGCCAGUCCCUGCGCAGCUCGCCGGCGGAGUGAUGUACCGACCAGAUAUCAAUUCCAGUAAAAUACAGCUGACUGUAAGAAACACGAUGGACUCCAUAGUAGCAGAGUGGAAUAAUCCACAGCCCAGCGUCGGUGACCUUUGUUACUCCUCCAACGUACAGUUCAGGAGCCUGACAGAUGGCAGGUGGGAGGGUUCAGAAGUUGCUGGGUUCUCCUACACCUUGCCCAGUCCAAACUGGAGGAAGAGCUAUGCGUUUAGAGUGAGGAUGAAGUACAGCUGUCCCCCCCCAGAGUCUUGGAGUCAGUGGACGCCGGAGAAGUGGUGGAACAAUGCAUCACCACCUCCUGAAGCUCGGCCUACGGACACAAACCUCAACAUUUUUAUGCCUCUGAUUCUCAUACCCCUGAUCGUUUUCUUGCUGUACUGCCUAUUUUCAGAAAAGCGGAUAAAAAGAAAAUGCAUUUCUCGAGUCCCUGACCCAAAGAACAUAGUCAGUCGCCUGUUGACCAUUGACGAGUCUCAGCUGUGGGCCAGCCUGGAAAACCGCUACAUGGACUGUAUGACGGCGGACAUCGAGAUUGUUCCCUCAAAGGGGGAAGAUGGCGGUGACCCCAGAGGGGCAGUCUGCACCGAGGGGUCCACGCCAGCCCCGAUGGUGGUGCCCAGUGAAAGCAGUUGCUCCCCUAGAGAUUGUGGCCAUAGCCCUGUGCACAGUGCCUAUGUCUACCUGUGAGGGGGGGUCGUGUCACGUCACAUGACACAGUGCUGCUUUGGGAGUGGGAUGCCAGGCCACUCCUCUUUUCCAUUUCCUCUUUAGAUGUCACACUUGAUUGGCCAAUAGGUCAGCUAGGUGGUUUGACAGCACUCAGUAGUAGGUUCUGUGAGACAUUCACUAUUAUCACAUUUAGCCUUUUUAUACAAUUUGCUUUAUACUUGCUUUAUACAAAUUAUGGAAAAUAAAUGUAUAUGUCGAUCGUGCUGUCAA